CAGCAAGCCGCCGACAUUGCCCUCCGCAUCCUCCAGCACCUCUUCACAACCCUCAGCAGCCCCAGCACCCCCCACCACUGGGACGCCCAGGCACGCCAUCGCCUCCUCAACAACCUCCAGCAUUACAAGCACAACCUGGAGCAAUGCGUGCCAGCCAACGGCAUGCUCUUCCAAGGCCAAGGGCCCCGCAACCUCCUGCUCAACAUCAGCAGAUACUUCAGGCACAUCCAGGACUUCCUCCACACCCACAACCACAGCGCCUGCGCCUGGGACCACGUCCGCCUCGAAGCUGGCGCCUGCUUCCAACACCUCCACAACCUCACCCGCACCAUGAGCAACUAG